GGACGUGUAACGACGACUACGGCGACGACGACGACGGCGACGACGACGACGACGACGACGGUAACGGCAACGGCGACAGCGACAGCGCGCGCAGUCAGUGACGUUACGGGGAUCCCUUCUGGUGCACACACGGUCCGCGGUCCGCUCAUUCGCUCCGUCUCGUCGAAAUAAUAAUAAUAGUAAUAAUAAAACACAACGCACCGCGCGCGCCGCUGCACGGUCGGUCACUCUAGCCAUAUAUUAUUAUUAUUUUCGUCACUCACUCGAGCACACGCGCGCCACUGCACCACACGUUGUCACGCGAACAUGUCGUCCGGGUGCUAGUCAUCAUCGCUGUUUGCUCGUUUGUUUGUUUGUUUGUUUGGUUUGUUUUUUUUUUGGAAAAAUAAAUUCUUCUGUUUUAAUUUUUAUUUCAAAAGUUUUAUCUCGUUACGCAAAUUUUUUUUUCAUCCCCGAUCAUUUUUCGCUCGUUUCGUUCGUCCCGAUAAUUAUUACCUAAUACGCACUGACGAGCGUCUUUUCACAUUACAUUAUUUCUUCCUCGUGGAUAAUUAUUGUGAUUCAUAAUCAGCGUCAGCUCCUCAUAAUACCAUAUACGUACAAUAACUUUUGUCGCUGAUCGUCAUGUUGAUGUCUGGUGCAAUGACCAAUCCGGACACUAGCCUGUUGGGUACGGCCGAGGGUCUGGUCGGUAGUCUGGCCAGCCUGACCGCGGUACCCGGCACCGGCGGCGGCGGUGGCGGUGGCCAGCAAAAGGACACCACGUGGACCAAGCUGUUUGUAGGCGGACUCCCGUACCACACCACCGACAAGUCGCUAAGGGAUCACUUCGCGGUGUACGGCGACAUCGAAGAGGCCGUCGUCAUCACGGACAGACAGUCCGGCAAGAGCAGGGGCUACGGAUUCGUGAUUAUGGGCGACAGACCGGCGGCCGAGAGGGCGUGCAAAGAACCGAACCCAAUCAUCGACGGGCGGAAGGCCAACGUGAACUUGGCCAUACUUGGAGCAAAACCUCGAGGAAAUUUACAGCCAGCGUUUGCUUUUCCGAGUAUAAGAGCUGGAUACUCUGCUGUGAUACCUAGCCAAUUUGGGGUGCAGCCAAGCUACCUAUACCAAGCCGGUCAAGCGGCCAGCGCGGCGUACUUAGGUGGCGGUGGCGUUAUGCCACUUGCCCCGACGCACGCCGCGGCAAUGGCCGCGGCCACGUCGCAGUUCUACGAGUACCAGAACGCCGCCGCGGCCGCAGCAGCCGCAGCGGCCCUGUCGUCAUAUCCAUCGCAGUACGCGGCCGCGGCCGCGGCGGCUGCAUCGUUUGACCCGUACACAUCAGCAGCCGCAGGGGUCGCCAACUACGGGACGCCGUACUCCUACGCGGCGCUGCCCAGCAGCACUGCCGGUCUGCCAACGGCGGCGAGCUCGGCCAGCGCUUUCACCGGCCUGUCACCGUACACCGCAGCCGCGGCCCAACAAGCGGCGUCGCUGCAAGAAGCGCGGUUACAGUAGCAUUGUCAAUUCAAAGCAGCCCGUGCCCUCCGUCCUAGAUUACGAAUUUUUCAGAGUCAGGGACAUCAUCGGUAGUGUGUCGUCGUCGUCGUUGACGUCGACGGGCGCAGCAAACGAAAACAAAAAAAAAAAAAAAAAAUUUUAUUAAAUAAAACUUAGGAGUACGUUCGAUUAUUAAAUAACAUAAUAUAACACUAAUAUUAAUUGUAAAAUAAUAUAAUAUGUAUCGUAUAUCGUAUAUAUAGAAAAAAAAAAAAAGAAAAAAAAAAUUAUAUCGUUGUCAAAAACGAAAUUGUCCGCAGCUUACCAAAAAAAUUUUUAUUAUUGUUCGAUAAUAAUAAUAAAAAAAAAAAACCUUAGACUAUAAGUAUAUUAUAUUAUAUUAUAGAUAAUAAUCAUUGUAAUGAUAUGAAUAAUUGUCAUGUUGUAGCAUUUAGGUAGUGGCCGUCGUCGUGGUUAAUGCCCGCGGCGUAAUAUGUGAAUUAAAAAUUAACUGAAACGCGCGCACUUAAGCUUCUCGUCCAUAUUGAUUGGUUUGUGGACGAUGGUGUCGUCGAUCACUUGUCUUACUAUUGUAUAUGACAAUAUACUGCGUACUACAUAAAAGUGAUGAAUAUGAUAAUCGGCCACGUAUAAUUAAUGUACCAUGUUUGUGUUUUUCGAUCGAUCGAUCUUCGCCCUUAGCGGGAAAAAAUCGAAACAUACGGGGACGCGGCCGUUUGGAAUUGCAUUUUACACAUCGAUACCGACCGUUACCAAUUUACUAUCGUAACCGACGCAAAAUAUUUGUAACAAUAAUACUUACCUGACUUACCUAUACGAAUAUUAUACGAGCCUGUAUAUGAUAUUAUAAUUAUUAUUUCAAUUAUUAUUAUUCUUAUACAAUGAUAUUAUAUACAGGUUACGACCGUGCAAUCGCAUCUCGAGCGCAUAAAUUAUGUAUUAUUAUUUUGUUUAGUUCAAUUUUAUUUUAUUCAAUUUUAUUAUAUAUUUUUUUUUCGAUUAUUUAUUUUAUUUGUGUAUACAAAUUAUUGUUUGUUUAAUAUUUUAGAUUUUAAUUUAUUUUAUAGCGAUCGGAAAUCGUAGUAGCUAUCAUCACGUUGAUUCUAGACAAUUAUUUUUGGGCAAUUAAAUGUCGAAACAUUAAAAAAGGAUUUUACCUAGUUAUUAUUUUAAUGACUAUAAAUGGGUUCAGUAAUAUACAUUUUGUGCCAAACAUUGAAAAUAUUGGGCAGUUUAAAUGUGAUAUAUUUGAUAAACUAACUAGCAACUAUCCCAAAGCAAAAGUGCAAAUAAUUAAAUUAUGUGCAAGAAACCCCGUGGGUAAAAUUGUUUAAAUUUGUAGAAAACCUACUGAUUGGUGGGUAAUACCUAUAACAUAUUAUACGCGGAAAAGAAUGAAGUAUCUUAACUUUAACUUAUAUUAUAAGAUAAAUAUCAUAAUAAUACAUAUUAUAUAUUAAAAUAGCCAUCUAAUUAUUAAAAUAUUAAGUGGUUAUUGUUUUAUUAAAUAUAUUAAAUAAAAAAAAAAUUGAAACAACUAAAUAACUUUUUAAACGUAUAAAAUACGAUUAUGUACUAUUAUAUGAUAUUAUAAUUAAUAUGUUUUUAUUUUUAUCCAUAUAAUUAUUAUCGUAUAUAUAUUUAUUUAAAGAAUUAUCGAUAACGAAUAUAAUAUUUAUAUAUAUUAUAUAUACCUAGUCUAUAAUGUAAUUUUAUUUUUUGUUUUACAUAUUUUUAGGUUAGUAUAUUAUAUUAUUAUAAAGAAUUUAUAUCAUAAUUUUAAUAACAGCCACGCAUCUCUAGUCAUGUGUACAAUAAGUUUAUUAAUCAAUUUUAAUUUUAAGAGAAAAUAUUAUUAUAUAUUAUGUUUAAUUAGUUAACCUAAUAUUAUUGUCAGGUAUCUAUACAUUUGUAUAAUGUAUAAACGUAUUUUUAUGUCAUAUAAUACAUAAAUAUAUUAUUAUAAAUAGGUUUAUUUUAUACAUGUUUAAUAUUUCUAAGGUGAUAAUUAACGUCAAAUCUAUUAACCAAGCACAAGGUAAAGUAAUCAAUUUUUAUAAAGACAAUUAUUUACGAACAUUUUUCUCGAUUUAUAUAAUAAAAUAGCCAGAGGCAGACAUUUUCCAGAUUAUAUAUUAUACGAACAGAACCACUCCUUUCCGGGUAGCCUCGUUAAAACUCAUCAGUAAAUUGUUUUAUAAAUAUACGAGCUUACGUUUAAAAAAGAAAUUACAGGAAUUUUAUUUUCUAUUUUGAGCAUUUAUAGAUUAGAAAUAAUAAUUUAAACUGGUGCCACCAUCUCAUCAUAUUGUAUAAUAUUUCUUAUUUUCUUCCCGUAUAUUAUAUGAUAUUAUGUAAAACAAUCAAGCUUGUAGUUCAUUUUUUACUUUAUGUAACACACACUUACAGUGGAUAAAACUCUAAUUUAUAUAUAUAUAUGUAAAAAAAGACUGAAGAUUGUUUUUUUACACUUAGAGCCAGUUAAAUAAGAUUAUGAGUGUUUAUUUCUAGCGUUUACGUAGAGCGAUGUCGACCAGAUGAAAAUUGUAAUUCCAUUUUUAAAUGUAGUAGUAUUGUAUAGUAUUUUUCUAAAUGCGGGGUAAAUAAAUCGAAUUUGUUUUUUCGUAGAACAAAAUUAACAAUUUUUUACCAUGGUUUAUACUAGUCUUGUGUGAACCGUGGGCGCAAUGUCCAUAUUAUGUCAAUAAAUAAUAAUAAUAAUAAUAUAAUAAGUGUGUGAAAUGUCCCCUUACGUAAGCGAUAAUAUAAUAUAUUAUUGAGUAGUAGGUAUUUAUAAUCGAUUUAAAAAAAAAAAAAAGGGUGAUUGAACCCCGCCACCUCCACUCCGGCCCAAUCAACUAUACAAAAUACCUGUACCAUAUAAUAAUAUUAAAAUAAUAUACUUCCAUGAUAAAAACAAAGCUAAAUGUACAAAAUAAAAAUAAAUGUAUUAUUAUAUUAUGUUCAAUCUGGUGUGCCUUGUAAAUUACAUAAAAGUGAAUAAAAAAUAAAAAUAAGAAUAAUAGAUGUAUAUUUUGAUAUAUAAAAAAUUAAGCAAAAAAAAAGCAAAAAAAUCGAUAGCAUUGACGUUCAUCCAUGUUUAAUUCUAUUGUUAUAUUGAUGUGUUACCUACGAUAACGAUAAUAAUAAUAAACAAUAAUAAUUAUACUCGGUAAUCUGACAGAUUUCAUAUUAUUUUUCGACUAUAAUAUUGUAAAUAAUAUAACGAUAACAAAGCAGGAUGAAUAAAAUAUGACGUGUUUUGUGUACUUAAUGAUUUUUAAAACAGAACUACGAUGUAUGAACAUAUCGAAGUUGAUUUUUUUUAAAGAAAAUUUAAUUAAAUUAAAUAUAAUUUCACACGGCUAUUAUUAAUGUUAAAAUUAAUACGAUUUGUAAAAACCAAAAAAAAAUGUAGUACCUAUAGUUAUUGUUGGCGAAAACAUAAUAUUAUACAUAACCAACGGUGAAGCUAGUCAUAUGGGAAAUAUUCCGGUGCACCAUAUUUUUAAAUUUUACGUACCUAUUUAACGUUGUAUAAUAUAAGAACAUUAUUAUUAUAUAUUUAAAUAUUAUUUAAAAAUGAUUAGACACGUAAGCUUAUAUUAUAAUGUGGUGAUCAAUUGUAUCACAUUAGUAUAAUAUAUUAUAUAUAUAUAAAAAAAAAUUCGAUGGAAUUUAGUCAAUAUUAAUGGUUAAUUUUAAGGCAUAGUUGUAUAAAUAAAUUAAAUACAUGUUUAAAAAUUGAUUUUGUUC